UUCGAGUGUUUUGGAAACUUAUCGCAACUUGUUUGACUUGAAUUAUUUUUGUAAUUCGAAAAAGUUCUAUUUAUUUUUAUAGUUAACACGUUUGUGUUUUAUUUAAGGUUUUAUUCAUACUGAAACAACAAAACAUUAAUGAUAUUGCUGACAAGAAUUGUUUCCUUACAAUUCGACAUGCCAAUAGUGUAGUUAACUUUGAUAGUUAUUUAUUUUGAAUUUGCAUUCUUCGAAUAAAUUGUGUUCUAAUUUAUCAGUAAAAAUGAAUAAAGAAAAUAGUAGAAGCGCAGCAGGCCUGCGCCGCUCAGCAAUAGCAGAGAGAAUCCGCCUGAGAGAAGAAUGGUCAGCCUUGAAAGAAGUAGACACAGCAACUACUUCCAAUGCUGAGAGGGCUCUGAGGAAGAAACCUGGGAACCCUCGGUGUACUCCUGGUACAUCUAGCAAGAAGCAAACAGCUAGUGGUAGUCAGAAAAAGGAGCCAGCAAAACAGAUGCUAGGUUCAAACAAUGCACUCCGAGGAGUCGUGGCUAUGGUAGACGUAGGUGCAGAGAGCAAGGCUUUGCCCCUGCGCUGUGCACUGGCAGCACUGGGCGCCACCGUGCUGAGUGACUGGAGCCCACUGGUCACACAUCUUGUGUGGACUGAUAGUGGUUGUAGAGCAACCCGCGCUAAAGCCCGAGCUCUCGCCUGCAAGCUAGUGUCCCCACUUUGGGUGGAGGCCUGCGCAGCCUCUAACAAGAAGCUCAGUGAGAGAACCUUCCCGGCUGCUUCCAGGCAAUCUGAUCUGCCUUCACCGAGGACUUUGAGACAGUUGCUGAAACGAGCAGAAAUGGAAAACGUGCCACUAGUAGACUUGCUAUCUGACAAGGAAGAUGAUAAAGACAGACCCAAACUAAGGAUAUCUUCCGACACCAGCACUGAUAAGACUAAUGACACUUCCGGAGACACUGUUGAGCUAGAAUCCCGUGUGAACACAGCGCCGCGACGUCCGCCGGAGGAGCCGUCAGUGCGCGAGCCGCCCAAGUCCAGACGCAAACUGUUCACGCAUAAAGAGGCUGAGGAUUUAACUACUGAUGAUGAAUCUGACAAAGAAACAACAACCAAAAACAAACUUCACCAAAGCAAGUUAACACAGCGCGAGAGACGAGACCUCGCCCGCGCCGAGCGCAUGGCCAAGAAACUGCUCGCUUCCUGCCGUCCGCAGCGGAACAACAAUAAUAAUGUACACAUACAUGCUACACAGGAACAUUUGAAGCCUAAAAUUGUUCUGACCGGCAUGACCCGGCCAGAACGUCAAGCUAUAACAAAGUCUAUACAACAAUUGGGCGGCAUCAUACAGAAAUGCGUGAACAAACGUACCACGCACGUGUUACUGGGCUCCUGUACCAACGUUACUUCCUGUACCAACCAUGCUUCUAAUGUUACCGGCAUAACAUCCCACUGCGACCUAAGCAAGUCAACAUGUUGGAACGACGCCACAGACAAGCGAGCCAGAACAUGCAACGCCUUGCUCGGUGCAGCUCGCGGCUGCCGAGUGUUGCAUGCGAGGUGGGCAGUGCAGUCUGCCGGGGAGGGGAAGUGGCUGCAUCAUGUCGGCUUUGAGGUAGAGCAUCUCAGGAAGAUCUGUCAGAAAGCCCGAGUCGAACGCAACGCCCUCGGCCGUCAACGUUCAGAAUACGCGUACGACAUCUUCAACGGCAUGCGCGUACAUUUGAAGACAAACGCCGAGCAAAGGGACGCCGCCAUGCAACUACUAACAUUAUGUGGCGCUUCCGUCAACACUAUAGGCCUAAACAACCCACAAAAUAUUGGUCCUAACAAACGAACAGAAACUGGUCCUAUUUUCCGAACACAAGUUGGUCCUAACACCCGAACACAAAUUGGUCCCAACAUUCUAACACAAAUUGGUCCUAAUACACAAGUUGGUCCUAACAUACGAACACAAGUUGGUCCUAAUGAAAAUAGCCUAUAUGAUGUGGUAGUGGGUUCGGGUUUGGGUGAAGUAAAUUCUAAGUGGGUCUUCGAUAGCGUGGCUGCGGGUAGGAUGAGGACUACUAGAAGGUAUGUUAAUUUGAAUAGUUUUGUUGGUGAUGAUGAUGAUGAUAGGUGAUGAUAGAAAGUUGUAAUGUGAUGAAAAGGCUUUUCGAUUUGUUAAUACUUUCUUCUUGACUGUGUAUAUGUAGUACAUUUGAGUAGACAUUUAAAGGUAAACGAUCUCGAUAGGACAUUUUACAUAAAUACAUUUUAAAUACACUAGUGUUUGAAAUAAUGAUUUAAUUGAUGAAGUAAUAAAUAAAAUAAUCAAUAUUUCGGACAAGUGACAUCCAUAUGGGUUAGUAAACAAAGAACAAUAAAACCUACGUUAAUAAAACUUACUAUCUAAUAUAUAAAACUUAAUAUAGUAAUUGUUGUAUUUUUUUUUUAAUGAGCUUUUAAAUUAAAAGUAAUAUUAGGAUUCUUUAUAUGUAGAUAAGUGAUUUACUAAAUUGAGUUAUGGUAGACUGUGCAAAGGCACAACAAAUUGUAUGUACCUACUCAGCGCUCAUAUGUAUAUUUAUGUAUCCUUGAUAUUACAAACUACUGAACCAGUAUAAUAAGGUUCUAUACUCUAUCCACGGAGGCAAGAGCUAAAAGAUAAAC